UGGAUCCGUGUAGUCAUAACCCCUGUCAAAAUGGUGCCACUUGUGUGGAUACAACCACAUCGGCUACAAGGUAUCAUUGUCAUUGCCCUCCUAUAUUUCAUGGAGAUCAAUGUGAACAGAGGAUGGAUUGCGCCCUGCCUCCCGAUCUGGAGGUGCCCAACAGUCACUAUACGGUGAGGGGUGAGGAGUCGGACAGCGAGGGUUGGUACCUUCCCGGUGCUGUCUUGGAGUACACGUGUGAUACAGGUUACAUCAUGCAAGGGGGCGUGUCUACAAGACAGUGUCAGAGUGGGCUCUGGGUUGGAGAGAAACCUCAGUGCGUUGAGCAAGCCUCCUGCGACGACCCUGGCUGGCCAGUGAAUUCUCAGAGAUGCUGCCAGUAUAUCUUCUAUGUCGGUGUAAAACUUAGUUUCUACUGCAAUGAGGGUUAUAACAUCAGUGGAAGUGAUGAAAGGACAUGUCUAUCCAACGGUCAGUGGUCUGGGGUCCAGCCGGUCUGUAAUGAGAUUACCGUACCUCCAACACCAGAGGACAGCAGUAUGUUCAACACAGAAACAUUGACCAUUGUCAUGGCAACCACUGGCUCGAUCCUUGGGAUCCUGGUUGUCACGGUAAUUCUGACAAGUCGUCAGUGUCGGUCCCGUCGUCAUCUUGUGCCCCAAACCUACCCUCCAGUAUUGCGUGCCCAGCUUGCGAGGCUACAUCGUGACCCAGAUGCCCUGGCUCUUCUUGCGGUGACGGAUGACAUUGGCGUUGUUUUGCCAUCAUAUGACGAGGCGGUGGCCCAGAUCCAGACUGCCCAUGUUCCACCGUUCCAAGCUCCCUCAACUGAGGGUGAUGACUCAAAUGCAAAUGAUGGUGGGGAGAACCGAUCUUCGGUACAAGGGAGGCCUCUUCCUCCGAUACCGCCCCCGCUACCACAUCAAGGCUCAUCAACAAGAUCAGGACGUUCUAGACGACAGCGCCGUGCAGGUCGUCAGCAGACUCAUCCAUCCCCGUCUCCACCUGCGUACGAGCAACAUGAGGAGCCUCUGGAUGUUGCAGAUGCGGUCCAGGGAGAAAGCCCUCCAGCGGAGGACAGUCAGGCCAGGAGAGGUGAGGAAGAAGUGAUGGAAGGUGGAGGACCAACCCAUAGUAUGGUUGGUAAUGAUCUCUAUGCUGAGGUUCCUCAGAGAAGAGCCGAGCCACAAGGAGAUGAUGCACAUCAUACUAAUGAUAAUACUAAUCAAGAGGAAAGCUAAGAGAGGUGUGUGCUGCUGCUGUACAGAAAUCCUAUAGUACUAUAGAUCCCAAUUAAAUUGUACAGAUUAAUUUUGAUAGCUUUUCCAGAGCUACAUUUACUGGCUGAAGCAUUGUAGUAAUAUGAAGUAUUGUGUCUCCACUACCUGAAGGUGGUCACCAAAAUCAUGUUUGUGAGUUGUCUUUCCUGCAAGUUUUAAGUAAUUGAAAAGAAAUAAGAGGUACAUAUUUAAUAGUAAUAAUAAUAAUAAUUAUUAUUA